AUGUACAACACUUUAUUAUCAUUGGUGCUGGUGUGCUCAGUGCAGAGCUUACAGCUGGACAACCAGGCGUCCACGAGGAGGCCAAGGGUCACCAAGUACAGCAAAACUACCAUUGCGCCUGGAGGAUCAACGGAAGCAGUAACAGAGAGGAGCCUCAACACGGCGACGUAUCGCCUGCUCGGUAGAGACGGGGAGACGUGCAUCUUACUGAUGGUGGACGCGCUCUUAGACAUAUCAUACGUCACCAAACUUAACGAGAGAACCGAUGCGAACACGUUCGUACCGAACAACGCCAACGUGGCUGGAGCGUGUAAGGAGAGCGAUGCUGAAACACUCCUGCUGACCUUCAAGGACUUCGCUCUGGAAUUUUCAUUUUCUAAAACACCUGGUGGAGAACGUUGGUACGCAGACAGUCUCCGUCUGACUUACAACUCGAGCGCUCGGAUCCUCGAGCAUGCAGCCAACCAGGGUCGGAAGGUUACGCUCAGCACAGACUCCAGGGAGCUCCUGUUUCCCACACCAGUUGGCAAGUCCUACUCAUGUCCUGAAGAAACGAUUAUUGAGUUGGCGGAGGAAGAUGCUAAUCCCGCCACAGCACACCGCGCCAAACUGUACCUUCGCGAGAUGAGGCUGCAGGCUUUCAUGUACAAGCGAGGCGGGGAGUUCGGGCCGGCGUGGGCAUGCGCUCGGGCAGCGCGCGCCCGCGCCGAGUCAGCGCCCGUCGCCGUCGGCGCCGCGCUCGCGCUCGCCACCGCCGCCACACUCUGCGCGUACGCCGCCUGGCGCUACCUCAAGGUCAAGAAGGUACAGUAUGACACUAUGGAGUAA